AUGCUCUCCAUAUUCACAAAGCUCAAGUCCGAGAAGCCCUCAAAGAAGAAUUCCACCACCACUGCUGCUACCACGGCCUGCCAUAAGCACGCCCCCAGCCGCUGGGGUGGCUGCAACUCUGACGGUGGUUGGGAUGCAAAGGAGGUUGCGUGUGAUAAGGAAGCAGGUGCGUGUGGAGGCGGUUGCGGCGGAGGUUGCGGAGGCGGUGGAGGAUGUGGUGGUGGUGCAAAAUAG